CGGCGGCGGCGAUCACGUGUGCGGGAGGCGGAGGCCCGGUCCGCCGCACCCGGAGCCGUCGCCAUGCCGCUGCCCGGCCGCCCCCGCCUCGGCCAGGCCCCGCUCCAGGCGUUGUUGUUGCUACUGCUGCUGGUGGGCCCGGCGCGGCCCAUCUCCUUCCAGCUGCCGGGCAAGGCGCGGAAGUGCCUGCGGGAGGAGAUCCACCGCGACACGCUGGUCACCGGCGAGUACGAGAUCGGCGCCCCGCCGGGCUCCUCCACCGGACCCUCCGCCAACCUCAAGAUAACUGACUCAGCUGGGCACAUCCUGUAUGCCAAGGAGGAUGCCACCAAGGGCAAGUUUGCUUUCACCACUGAAGACUAUGAUAUGUUUGAGGCCUGCUUUGAGAGCAAGCUUCCUGUGGGAACAGGGAGGAUGCCGGACCAGCUCGUGAUUCUGGAUAUGAAGCAUGGAGUUGAAGCAAAGAACUACGAGGAGAUUGCGAAAGUGGAGAAGUUGAAGCCUCUGGAAGUAGAAUUGAGGCGUCUAGAAGAUCUUUCAGAGUCCAUUGUUAACGACUUUGCCUAUAUGAAAAAACGAGAAGAGGAGAUGAGGGACACGAAUGAGUCAACAAACACCCGGGUUCUGUACUUCAGCAUUUUCUCCAUGUGCUGUCUCAUCGGACUGGCCACCUGGCAGGUUUUCUACCUGCGUCGUUUCUUCAAGGCUAAGAAACUGAUUGAGUAAAGGAGUAAGUCCUCCUCCCCCUCCUCUCAGACCCAGCUGGACACUGCUGGGACCCAGGCAUGGCCCCUUGGAGCCAUCUCACAGAUGAUACCCACUGACUGGACCUUUUCUGCAGAUACUUGGACCCUAAAAGAGGAGGGGAGCCUAAACUUUGGAGGCAAUGGGGGACUUGUGAAAUCCUGUUGGAUGUUGAGGGUGGGGGAGGUUGUGAUGGGUUUGGGGAUUCCUGGGGCAGCGAUUAAAUAAAAAAAGAUGUUUCCAUGACAGCUGCAGCAAGUUUUUGCGCUGUCUGUUCUCCUUUUAUAAUACUGGCUUGAUGAUGUCUCCCAUCUGUCUGACUGCAGCGUUACUCUGAGCCACUGGACCCUGCUGAGCUCUUUAGGUGCCGUGCAGCCAGCACCAGGGCAGAGUGGGGGCUUCCCUGCUCUGACCAGCUGGGAUCUAAGCCUCAUGCAAAUGGGGAUGAGUGCAAAGCAAUAGGAUUCAUAAUUCCAGCAGGAUCUGAGGAUAGAGGGAGGUCCAAGGAUUGGUCCCUGUUGUGGACCUCUGUGUUUCUCCCUGUGGGAGCUGGUGUCUUUGUGCUGAGGGGUCAGGGCACUUGAGCAUACUGUGAUUCAGCCUGGAGGAAGAGGAGCCUUGGAAGGAGGGCUUGGGAAUGUGAGCUGUUAGGAGAAACCUGUUUCACUUGAGCUGUCCAGCCUUGGUCCCACCCUUGCUCCACGUGUUUGUUUUGGAUUUGCCUCUCAUAUUCUGAAAUUGUGCAGCAGUUUUCCUGAAAGCCUUGGUCAAGGACAGCCUUCUGUGCAGAUGGAAGGCCUCGGUGAGAUACAGUCAGUGCAAAUAGCAGCAGGUUAUGCUUGAAAACCUUUAUCCUCUAGCAGUGUAACAUUUAUGUAGCAGGCAGCUGGUUGAAUCUCCUGACUCCUCAAAGCAAGGUGGGCUGCUGCUCCUGUGAAGCAUGACAGCCUGUGUCCUGAUUUGAAGUCUUAGGGUGCAGGGGGUACUUUGCAGACUGGCAGAGGAGUUGUUGGAAGAACAUGGGUGAGCUGAAAAGAGCAGUACAAGGUAGAAACACCUUAAUGCUAUGUUUGAGGGCAGGUGGGUCUGAACCAUGCCUCAACAGAAUUGCUAUUCUGUUCAGAAUUACAGAGACCACCCAGAUGGCAUGAUGUUAAAUAAGCCAGACUGGGAAAAAACAGGCAGGUUAACUCCCUGGACUUACCUGUUGCAGUUUUUAGGCAGCGAUUAAGAUUUUUUCAUCUUCUCUGCAUUCCUUUAGAGCAAAUGGUUCAGCAGCACAGCAUUUUGGUGUCACGUGCCUAGACUCUUCUGGCUAGGGAAGGGGUUGUCAUGACCCUGGGCCCAGCCUACCAUUUUGAAAAAAGCAUGGUUUUAUAAUUUCUGACCCAAAUCUGAUCUGUUGUUGGGAAGGAAACAGUUGUCUAGCAUGAGGCAAUGGGAAAGAGGAGGAAAAGAUGAUAUCCUGACAUCUAAAUACAUUAGUACUUUGCCUUCCCUUUGCCAUUGCCAAGUUUGUGGAGUUGUUAGUUCUGCUAGGUUAGAUUGCUUUUAAUUUCCUUCUUCUUUGAUAAGCCAUAUUGCGGACCCAAGUCCAUUCUUCUGCCCUUCCAUCUGUUUUAUCCUUGCAUGGUUUUGUAAGCUGUUAGUGCAGAACAGCAGUGAUGCCACAGGACUGAAUUACAGAAGUAAUUUGAAGGUGGUUUUAGAACCUACAGUUUGAAGCCUGUAGAUCUGUUAAGGUUUUGCUUUUGUUUUUUUAUAAAAACAAAACUUGAAAAGACAGCACAAGAAAGGGGCUUUUCCAGUCUUGUCUGUUUUGAUAUCCUCUCCCCAUCCUUAUCUAAGUACGAAGUUAUCUUAAAAAUGGUGGCAAAGCCUUAACUUCCCCAAGGCGACUGUUACACUGUCUUUGUUCUGGUGUUGUAUUUUGAGCUCCACUAUGCCCGUAUGGUUAUUGGGGAACAGGUGUGGGGUACUGGUGUGGAUUUACCUGUAAUGACUGGUUGGGGGAUUUUGUCAGCUUUCUCAAAUAAAAUUUCUCUGGGGAAAA